GGUUCCAGGGUGAGGCAGUGUCAAGGUAAAAUAAGUUUUGGUAGCCAACUGCUGUGAUCAUUACCAAGGUUAUUUAUUCAUUAAUAUCGUGAUAAAUACGUUCUGUUUUAAGGAUAUUUGGAUUAUAUGGACGACUGAAAAACUGAUAGAGACUAUUCUCAACAUUUCAAAUCAAUACAUGACAAAAUAAAAAGACUGCUAGCUAGAGAGAGAGAUGUUAUUAAGACAUUAAAGAUUAACAAAAAGACUGAAAUGUGACAACAGUAUAUAGAUAACCUCCAAGAAUGGGGGCAAAUUCUUCCUACAUGGAUUCAAGUGGGGCAUCAGGGAAAUCCCAACAGUUUCCAAGAUUAGGCCACCAGUAUACUGUUUCUGAAACUGAUAUAAGUGUUAAAGAGAAAAGGAAAAAAGCUUCAAAGUUUGCAACAUUAAGAAAGAAGUUAAUACGUUCUAGACGCCAUAGUCGUUCCUUGGACUAUGGAAGAGCUCUUAGAGAUAUGAUAUCAUCCUGGUCUUUCAGGGAUGUGAACUGUUUAAUACAGGAAUAUGAGGCACUUGCAGCUCUAAAAGAGCUAGCUUUAGCAGCAAAUGUAGCUAGACCCCCAGCAAACUCCUUCAGACAAGAUCUGUCACAUUUGUUCGACAGCAAAUUAUGUACAGAUGUUGAUUUAGUUUACCGUGGAGCAUGUUUCCCAGCUCAUAGAGCAAUGUUGUCAGCUCGUAGUCCAUACUUUAGGAACUUGUUACGCUACCAUCCUUUUGGAUCACAGGUUCCUGUCAAGUUAAAAACAGUAGGAGUUGAUGUAUCUUUGUUUGCAAUUUUAUUAAGAUAUUUAUAUACAGAUUCAAUUAAUUUAGAGGAAUUACGGAAGGACCAUAGAGAAAUUUUAAGAAGAUUAGCUGAGGAAUUUGGCUUACCAAAUCAACUUGAAUUUGAUUUACGGACUUUAUUAGAGUCGGGAGAUUACUGUGAUGCUUUAUUGGUUUUCUCAUGUGACAGUGAGUGCUCAGAUUCUUUAUCACAUGACCUUCCACCAGAAGGUGUAUGUAAAGCUAAAAGUUUGGAAUUACCAUGUCAUAAAUGUGUUUUAGCAGCUAGAUCUCAAUUUUUUCGUAAUUUAUUAUUAAGGCGUGCUAGGUCAGGUGAGGAAUUGACUGAACGAACAUUGCAGACAACUUCAUUGAUUGUUCUAGAUGAAAGCGUGAUUCCUCGUAAAUAUGCGCGUGUGUUAUUGAAUGCUAUUUAUCAAGACAGCGUAGACUUAUCAUUAAUAUUACGAGGGAGUGCUAGUAUGUGUAGUUUAAGUGAAGCUCAGGCAAUUGUUGCGGGUAAAGGACAGAUGACAUUAGUUGAUGAAGCGAUGGAAGUUUACCAGAUAGGGCAGUUCCUUGAUUUCCCUAUAUUGUCCCAAGGUUGUGAAGAUAUUAUUACAGAGCAUAUAUCUGUAGACAAUAUACUCAGCAUACUAAACUGGAGUUCAGAGCCACAUGGGUCUGAAUGGGUUCACAGACAGGCUAUACAGUUCAUGAGAGAAGAAUUCUUACAGAUAAUACAAUCCCCGAUAUUUUAUGAAUUAACCAAAGAACAGUUGAUAGAUGUAGUGUGUUCAGAUUUCCUGCAGGCGGGAGAGCUGGACAUUUUAUCAGCUGUGUUAAAAUGGGGUGAACAUCACCUGGUUAAAAAGAUUGAAGAGAGAGAGCCAAAUAUACUCAGCCACACAGCUCAUAGUAUCAGUAAAAAAGGAGUGAAGAAAAGAGAUUUAAAUGACAAUGAACUAAGAGACAUUUUAUGUGAUAUAAUUUCAUUGGUCAGAAUAGAUCAUGUGAUACCUUAUAAUAAUGAAAUUUUAAAUAGUGCAAUAAAAAGAGGACUUAUAAGCUCUCCGCCAUUACAUAUGAUGGGAGAUGAAACUUGUCAAAGUUUACCUGUGUCAACAUGGAUACGCACCAAAUGUCAUGGAACGUUUACACGACCAAGACUAUUUACUCCAUAUUUUGAAGAAUCAAAGGCUGUAUUAGAAGAACAGAUGUCACAGGAUCAGGAUCAAGACUCAGGUCGUGUACGGACGAUACAAAUGUCAUCUAUACCAGACACACUGUAUAUGGUGGAGGACAGACAGUCCUAUAUACCGUUCAGUUCAGGGAGUUCUACGGUUGAUAUUGUUGCUGGUACUAUUCCUGUGCCUGAUCAGACAACAAUGAAAAUGAUGAUAAAAAGAGAAAAAGAAUUCCAAGAGAGUAAAUUGACUAUAAGAGCAUUAUCUCUACCUUACUGUGACCGUCGUGUUGUGAAUUAUCAAAUACAGUUACGUAUAGUGAGAGAAUUUGGACUACCUGAUAGUACUAUUGAAAUAUUACAAAAUAGUCAUUUUUACCAUUCAAACAAUGUCCGACAUCAUCAUCAUCCUCAGCCACCAACACCUGUCAGAACUAAUCCAUUGUUACCAAUAAAACGUAGACAGAGCCCACCACUCAGCAGACGGAGUAGACAUGGUAGUCCUACAAAACCUAUACAGAUGGUGUCACCUACAAGGUCCCUCAAACAGCCUGAUAUUAACCCAUGUCAUGAAAGUGUCUUAAGUGAAACCAUGCCUGAUAUUGCUAUGGCAACAGCAUCAGUCAGCCAGGUUCACCUUCAGGAUGAGUUUGAGUUGGACAUAGGUGAUGGAACUAGUCAUCCAGGAACCAUGUAUAUCUGACCUAUAUGUGUUCAUUACAUUUUACUUCCUUCUUUCACUAUACAAAACCAGGUUAAGAUAGACUGCUGUGCUAUUUAUACCUUAGGGAUACACAUACCAUAAACAAAUUGGUUCUUUUUUAAUUUUUUCAUUAAACAAUACAGAUCUAAAAUUUGGAUACAGUAGUCCCCAUUUUUAAAGGAAAUUAUCAGCACCUAUCAAGUGCAUUAUUAAAUUCUCUUAUUUAGUAAUAUUACAAUGGCAUGUUAUGUAGACUAUUAACACACUAGAGAGUCAUGAAGAGAGGGGACUACUGUUUCAUAAAGUGGUUAGAUAAAACAACUGUUUAAGUAAUCUCAGGUUUUGCUAAAAGUACUAAAAUAAUUGUAGGAAUUUCUCAAAAUAACAUAUUAAAUAUUUACAACUACUAAAAUAUUUGUAUCAUUCAACGAUACAAAUAAAGUGUAUUUUAUGUUAGAGAUAUUUUUCUUGUAUGAUGAGUAUUUUUUGGUGUUUAUCUUAUAUUAAGAGUGUAAUGAAUAAAUCAAAUAUUGCAGUGUUCUCUUCAGAUUUUGGAUAGCAUUGUGGUGAAACUUUCUACCUAUUGUUAUCACUCUGUUUUGAAAUCAAAUUAAUAAAGUACAUAGCUGAUAAUAGAGGAUUGAGAUCCCCUUUGCCCAUUCUACUCUUAUAGUCAUGCCUUAUGCAUUAAUGUUUUCUAAAGGAAAAUAAAUAACAAUACACAAAUAGUUUUGUGUCCAUCAACCAUUUUUAUAUGCUCCACCUUGGGGCAUUUUGUUUUUCGUUCUGUGCAUUUGUUCAUUUGCCUGUCUGUGUCCCGCUUCAGAUUAAAGUUCUUGAGUAUAUUUUAGCUAAAUCUCUAAUGCUGUGGAUGAACUGAAGACCAUUUAAGCCAUUUAUAAAGUACAGACACACUACAUUGCUUUAAAAGUCUGGAGAGAACACUGUUAUAUUGUUAUGAAUGUUGUGAAGAACAAAAUUAACCUAUAUCAGGUUCUUAACGAUAAAUGAUAGUUAUCACAUAUUUGAUAAAUUAUAAUGAAAUGUUUUUUCAAAUCUAUCAACCCAUAAGCUAAAAUGUACAAUUCAUUGAGAGAUGUAGUGAUUAUUUAUAAAAAUGACUAGUUUGGCUAAGUUAGGUAAUUAUUCUGUUACACAUAGUAUUUACUGUGGAUUCAUUUAUUUUCGUGGUUAUCAAUUUUUUGUGGAUUGCUGAAAACUUGUAUAUUCAUGGAUAUUUGAUUUUGGUUUGCCAAUCAUGUUUACAAAGCCUAUUAAAAAUAUUCAUAAAACAUUUGAAUUCGUGUUUCACCUGUAACCACGAAAACCACAACAAUUGGUAUCCAAUGAUUAAUAAUGAAUCCACAUUACGAAAUUUUGAAUAUUCAUUGAAGAAGUUGUCCAUUAACUUACAUGUUUUCAAUCUCAUUUUAACUUACAUUACUUGGCAUUCUUGUGAUAACUUAUAUGACAAUCAGUUUUGAAAUACACUUGUUCAUUAAUUACUGUGUAAAUUGUUAGAUAUAUGUUAAGAGAUUCUUAUAUAUAUCUUUACACACAUGGACAGUUACUCUAAAUGAGUUUUAUAUAUGUGUAGUCAAUCUUAUAGAUUGAUGAUGGUGACGCUUUACAUGAAAUAUGAAUGAAUUUUCUGAUCAGUAAGUUUUUUUCACUCUUUGAAUGAUAUCAGUGAUUUUAUUCUCUGUCAGUUUUAUUUUCCUAAUGGUCAGUUCAUCUCUGUAUAUCAUCUAUGUACUACCUGUUAUAAAUAGGAGAAUGAAGCUACAUGAUUCAUAUGUUUUCUUACAAGGUUAUUCAGGCUUAGGUUUUAGAUAAAUAUUAAUGAUACUUUGGGAAAAAAUAUUAUUACAAAAUAUAUUGCUUCUUUAUUUUUUUUAAAACAGGAAUUUGGAGUUGAGCACUUGCUAGUGAUCAAUUCCUCCACACGGAUUUAUUGAUUAGUUAAUAGUAGUUGAUUCCUAUUAAAGAUAAGUCACAUGAAACCAUUUGUGUCUUUAACUAUUAUAUUGUUUGGGGUGUUGUCCAAUUUGGAAAUGAACUGACAUUUUAUGAGCUACUCCAUCAUUUCUACAAUAUUACCACUAGAAACUUCUAUGAGGACCACUACACAGACGUGUGAGAAUAGCAGAUAACCACAUCGUUAAAAACUUUAUUGAUUAACUUUCUCUUUUAACUAUAACUAGAUUCUUAUUUUACUUUCACUUUCACUUUCUAUUUAUAUCUAUAAUGUCGUCAUAACAACCUCUAUUGUUCGGCGAACCACACAACCGCAAAAUUUGUACUUUACUGUUUGAUUUCAUGUAUAAUAUUGUCCUGAAGACGCCACGCUUGUUGGCGAAACAUGUCGACCACAAUAAAUUAAUCACCAUGCGGUAAUUGAUGGGUGUUGUUGUCCUUAAUUUCGUUUAUUAUUAUAUUGUUUGGAAAAUAAGCUCCCUAUUUCUGCUCAUCACAUUGGUACAUUUAAAAGCAGUUUUAUUUGUCUAAUAAAAGUAAACUUCAAUUACAAUGUAAGUUGUUUUAAUUUUCUUCUUUUGAAUAGUAAGAACAGUGAUUAAGUAUGUCAGAAACCAUUUUCUUAUUUGCUCAAUCAAUGUGAAAUAACUUGGAUGACGUAUUAGGUAUAUGUGUUAUGAUUUGUUGUUUUUCUACCAAUCAAACUUUAUUGUUAAAUUUUGUACAUAAUUAUUUUAGUUUAUAUAUUACAUGUCAUAUUACUAAUAGUGCUGAUAGAUUUAUUUUAUGUAGAUCUUUUAUGUCUAAAAUACCAAUAUGUAGAGAAUAUUCAUUUGUAAACAUGUUUCUGGGUUUUUUUUACAUUACAUAAUUUGAAGCAUUAAAAAAUGUACUAAUUGGUUUAUCAAAACCAAACAAUUUAAAAACAAGAAAUGUUUAUGUCACAUACUUUUUAAUUCAUGUAUUGAUAGAAAUUUCCUUCUAAAAUCUGUUUGAGAAAGUCAUUUUGUUUUGGAAAAAGUAUUCUUGCACGUUUUCAUUGCGUAGAAUAAAAAAAUUCAAAAACUGAAUUAUUUCCUACAUAUAAGUAUGUUUUUUCAGACUUAGCAGCAAGCUGUGAUUAUUUUUAUGGAUAUAUAUUUUAUUUUCAUUGAAUGUAAUUAAUUAGCUGAAAAUGGGUUUUUACAAGGUAGUUUUUAUUUAUGUUUAUUCUAAUAUAAGCCCUCAGAUAUAACAUUGUCCUUUAAAUUGACUGUAUCUGUUUUGGCAUUGAGAACAGAAACACUUAUGAGAGAUAUUGUACCAAAUUUGUAAAGUUCUAGCACUGCCUUUCUGUCUCGGUGGGUAGCAUCAGUUCAGUUGUCAGUGCUUUUGUAAUCUUGUGUUAUUACAAUGUAUUCUGAAUAAUACUUAAACCGUAAAAAAAUUAGCUUUGAGCUUUUUAUUCUAUGGAAAAUAACUGACUCAAAGAUUUUUAUCCCCUAGCUUAGAUUGUGUUUUUCACAGGUAGACUUUGCCUGUUUUCUGCUCUCUCUCUGGUUUGGUUGCAGUCUCUUAGACACUUUCUCCAUUUCCAUUCUCAAUUUUAAAUGUGAUCUUACCCUGGCCCAGUGCAGUGUUUUUGCAAUUUGAUGUCGCUGGUGAAAUUGCAAUAUUUAUUUUUUCUUUUGCUUGUAGAUCCUUUUUACAAUCAGAAAAAAGUAUAAAACAUAUUGUUUUGUGGUAAUUUAUAUAUGCCCCGAUAAUUAAAGUGUUGUGAGCGAGGAAAUAAUAUAUAUACUCCCUUGAUAAUAAAAUGGGGGAAAAGGGGGGGGGGGGUAUUUUUAUUCUCCUCGAUAAUAAAAGUGUAAGAAUUCAGGUAGUAAGAAGUUAUUUUCAAUUGAUGCAAAACAGAAAAUCUGUUACUGAUUCUCUUGUACUUUUAUAUUUCAUAAACUCUUGCAAAUUUGUUUAAUUUAAAUGGCUUCAUUCAUGUAAUAUUUCAUAAACAAAUGUACUUGGAUGACAAUUGUUCAUUUAACAAACUACAUCUUGUGUUCUUGUAUUGUUGAAAUGUUUCAUUCCUUGAUUCAUGACAGAUUGUUAUGUAUUUUCAUAUUUUUUGUUGCAGUAACUGCUUUAAUCUGUUUGAAACAUAAAGAAUAAAUUAUCACUGAUA